AUGAUUCAUUUAUUAAUUUUUAUUUUGAUAAAUGGGAUAUAUGCCUCAAUCACAACUAAUUGGGUUUCAGCAAGUGAAAAAACUCAUCUGAAAGAACCACUUGAGGCUAUGGCCACUGACAUUUCACCCGUCAAAAUACAAUUCCUUAUGGCCGAGAUACAUAAGAUUUUUUUACUACUAAUGGCUACCAUCAGCGCCCUUUGUUUGGCUCUGUACUUUGAGAAACGAUGUUAUCUGAGCCUGGUUGGUGUUAUUUCAGGUUGCCUGUUCUUCAGUUUUUGGCUAACACGCCUUCAAAUCUGUGUGAAAAAUGCCCUACAAAUGUUAGUUAGAAUAUUUAGCAAAUACUUAAGGGGAAAGGAACGCGAUGAAUCGUGCAGAGACGAUAAUAUUAGAAACAUUAUGGUAUGCCCAUCAAUUCCCCUGUCCGUCUAUCCACCUACCGAUUUGCUGCUGUCGAUGUACAAAAGGUGUCUUCAUCAAUGGGAUUUACAAUUACUGAAUAGUGAGCAAAGUCAGGCUUUUCUCUACUUCAAGUGCUUUUUCAUAUCUGCUGCCAAGUUAGGCUACUCAAUGGCUACUCAAUAUCGCUUUAAGGUGUUUGAAAUUAUUACCAUUAUAAAGGUGUCGAGUGAUGUAGGAAAUCAAACUGGGACAAGCGUAACCCUCAGACAAAUUGCAUAUUACGUAAUGUCAAUGAUAAAUGUACCAAAAAUUUCCUCAAAAGAAAUGAAGCCACCUUUUUCAAGAAAAAGUGUCAAAAAAGGAAAAAGGAAAGCAAAACAUUUUUCUUUACAACAUACCACUGUUACAGAGAUAAUCUAUCAAUUCAAAUGGCGGGCAUUUAACAACUUGCUUGCAUCUGAGUCUCAGAUUUUCUCUUGUCUACCACCCUGUUGUAAAGAUGAAUCCUCUCCAAAGCCAUUAGAAGUGAUAAUAUUCAAAAAAGACGAAAACAAAGACAAUCAAUGUGACACUUUAACAAUUGCAAGUUAUCAUGGCAAAUGCGAUCUGGAAAGGAUAAAAAUGGGGAAAUUCCCUUUUUACUAUUUAAAAAAUCUUUUUAUAUAA